CCGCCAAGUCAGACUUCAAAACCCCGCGGCAGCACCGCCGAAUUCGGUACUCUAACCUCCGAUUCCUGGCUUAUAUCGAAAUCUCCCGCAGAAAAUUAUGCAGAAGGACUCGCUGCUCUCUGUAGCAGAACAUGCACAUCCCGCCGCCUGGUUUGACGCCGGAACUGGAAUCUACAGCAGCCCACACGCCGCCGUCGCUCUCCCCGCCGACCCUCUCCUUGACCUGGUCUCCUUCAUCUUCUCCCAUUGCCGUCACAACGAUGCACCCAACACUUCCUCCUCCUCGGCGGUCGCCCUUCUCGAUUCCGCUUCCGGCCACUCAAUCUCUUACCAAGACCUGUUCCCCCUCGUCAAAUCCACGGCCUCUGCUCUCCACAAAUUGGGCAUCCGCAACGGCGAUGUCGUCUUGCUCCUCCUUCCCAAUUCAAUUUACUUCCCCGUCGCCUUCCUCGCCGUGCUCUACUCCGGCGCCGUCGUCACCCCCAUGAACCCUCUCGCGACCGUCGUGGAGAUCGAGAAGCGCAUCGCCGAUUGCGGCGUCCGUUUCGGAUUCGCUUCACCGGAGAGAGCUACGGCUCUGCGGGAUUCCCCGCUAGGGAUUCCGUUCGUCGCCGUUCCCGAAUUGAGUUCUGAUUCUUUCUUGUUUGAUGCCUUCCGCGGCAUGAUUGCUCGCGACGUUGAUUCGGAUUUCACGCCUCCGGCGGGAAUUCGGCAGCAGGACGCGGCGGCGAUUAUUUACUCUUCCGGAACAACUGGCGCCAGCAAGGGCGCCGUGCUGACGCACGGCAACUUGAUAGCCGCGGUGGAGCUCUUCGUGAGGUUCGAAGCGUCGACCUACGAUUUCCCACCUUGGGAGAACGUCUACCUCGAUGUGCUUCCCAUGUUCCACAUCUAUGGCCUCGUUCUGUUCGCCGCCGGGCUGCUGUCGUUGGGAUCCACCAUUGUCGUGAUGAAGAAAUUCGAUGUGGAUGAAGCAAUCAAGGUCAUCGAGAGGCAUGGGGUCACCCAUUUCCCCAUUGUCCCGCCGAUUCUGGGUCCCUUGGUGGAACGCGCCAAAGGUGUUUGUGAAAAUGGCUUAAAGAGCUUAAAGCAGGUUUCCUGUGGCGCAGCUCCUUUAAGUGGCAGCACAAUCCAGCACUUCCUCAAUACCUUCCCUCAUGUUGACUUAAUUCAGGGAUAUGGGAUGACUGAAUCGACCGCAGUGGGAACUCGAGGAUUCAACACGCAGAGAUUUCAGAAGCACUCUUCAGUAGGACUGCUAGCUCCAAACACUGAGGCCAAAGUUGUUGACUGCAUCAAUGGCCAUGCUUUGCCUCCAGGCGGAAUUGGGGAGCUGUGGAUGCGAGGACCAGGCACCAUGAAAGGGUACCUAAACAAUCCGGAGACUACAACUGAGACGGUUGAUAAAGAUGGUUGGCUUCGUACCGGUGACAUUGUUUGCUUCGACAACGAUGGCUAUCUGUACAUCUUCGAUCGGAUGAAAGAGAUGAUCAAGUACAACGGAUUUCAGAUAGCACCAGCUGACUUGGAAGCUGUACUGAUAACCCACCCGGACGUACUCGAUGCCGCUGUAACAGGGGCGACACACAAAGAUGCCGGAGAAAUACCGGUGGCCUUCGUGGUGAGGAGGCAGGGAAGCAAUCUCAGUGAAGAAGGUGUCAUCAAACAUGUAGCCGCCCAGGUGGCUCCAUACAAGAAAGUGAGAAGAGUGGUGUUCACAGAAGGAAUACCAAGGUCUCCUGCUGGGAAGAUCCUUCGACGCCAACUGAGGAACAUGAUGAUGUUCACUCCCACUCCCAGACUCUAGUAAAUAAUAUAUAUGUAAUCCAUUGAAACACCUCAUCCAUGGCCUCGUCGCCGUUUGUCUUACAUUUGUUUACUGGCAAUAGCAUUCUAAAUUUGCUGCAUGUAACUAAUGAAAUCAUUCCAAGCUCUUCUAGUCUAUACGGUCAGAUUGGAACAGGACACUUCCAAAGGUGAGAGCUGUUAUAUUUAGUACUAGUAGUAUGAAAUUUGGAAAUUUGUUAAAUUUUGCAAAAUGUACUCUACUUAACUUAUUGUUCAACUUCUUAUAUGAAUAGAUCCAGUUUUUUUCUUUUGCUUAAUGUUCAUGGUUGAGUGAGGGGCUGAGGGAAGAAGCAUGAGGGAAGAGGCCAAUGAUAGCGAGAGGGCUAAUACAAAACAUGGUCGGGAGAGAGAAGCGGGCAACUGGUCCCGGUAGGUUUGUGAUGGAGAUUAAUACAAUUGCAAAAACAAU